CAAAAUAAAACUCGUUACAACCGGAAAAGUUACAAUAACAAUUACAAAGCUUAAACGCGCAAGAUAGGCAUCCGGUAUUUCUUUGAAGUAAAGAAGAUCUCUGUUAUGACGGCCUCUGUGUAAUACGCUCUCGCAAAAUAAUUGACUUCACUGGACUUAUUAACACACGGGAAAGAAGGCUUCAAGUGUCAGCUAUCCAGGGAAGCAGCUGUGCAUUAGCUCUGAAGAGCAGGAAUUCAAAAUGCGGCCAAUUUUUGUUGGUAACUUUGAGUAUGAUACACGUCAGUCAGAGCUAGAGCGCAUUUUCUCCAGAUAUGGCAGAGUUGAACGGGUAGAUAUGAAAUCAGGUUUUGCUUUUGUCUACAUGGAUGAUGAGCGUGAUGCAGAUGCUGCUAUUCGAGGUCUUGACAGCAGAGAAUUUGGUCGGCAAAGGCGUCGGCUCUCUGUGGAAUGGGCAAGGGGAGAUCGUGGAAUUCGACAUCGAGAGGGUGGUGUGCGAGCUGGAAAUACAAAACCCACAAAGACAUUGUUUGUAAUCAAUUUUGAUCCCUACACCACAAGGGUUCGGGAUCUUGAGAGACAUUUUGAGCCAUAUGGUAAACUGAUGACUGUUCGGAUCAGAAGGAAUUUUGCAUUUGUCCAAUAUGAAACACAGGAAGAAGCAACAAAGGCCUUGGAGUGUACACACAUGAGCAAAGUCUUUGACCGUGUUAUCUCUGUUGAGUAUGCUAUACGUGAUGAUGACGAUGAUGACAGAUUUAAUCAACGGGAAAGCCCACAAGAGCGGGGAAUCUAUGGAAGGCGGGCAGAGAGGGGAAGUCCAGGCUAUGGUCGACCUGAUAGUCCUAUAUAUGGCAGGCGGACGGGAAGGAUGAGUCCUGAUUAUGGAAGGGCUUCAAGCCCUGUUUAUGAUAGAUAUCGUGGUCCUGUGAAUGAUAGGGACCACAGUCCUGUUUAUGGUCGAUAUCGAAGCCGAUCGCCGAUAAGACGCUCAAGGACCUAGAAGGCUUCAAUUGAUUGUUUGGAAUAUUGAAUCCAGAUGUUGGUGGCAAUUAAGUAUGGGAUUUAGAAAUUAUGCUUUCUAAUUUGAAUGAACAUUACAGAAAUUUUACAUGAUUUUGAUGGUGUUGAUUGGAGUAAAAAAACACUUUUAGAUGGUACAAGUAAAGAGUAUGCCCAUUGACUACAUGCAAUUGUAUGCGAUCUAGCUGUCUUUCAGGUUCUAAGAGAGUGGCAUAGCAUUCUGUAGGAAAUAUUUAGAGGAAGUUGAUCCAUGUUUUGUUUUGUCUAAUGCCCAAAUGCUUUAUGAACCAACCUUUUGAUCAACUAUGUAUAUUCUUCUCCGUGGGCUUUGGUUUUUUUUUUGAGUUAGCACUAUGAGCAAUACAAUAUUUGUAUCAAUGUUAAAUUCCUACUUUAUUUAGGGAAUGAAAUCACCUCUCAGAUAUAUUUGUAUGUGAA